CGCCGCCGCCGCCGCAGCGCAGCUCGGGGGCCGUCACUUUGUGUAGCGUGGGGGGUCCUCGGCGGCCCGCAGGCCCCAGCCCGGCCCGGCCCGGCUCGCUCGGCCGAGCGCAGGCUCUGUCCGGGAGGAUGGCGGCCCUUCGGGCAACCCCAGACGCCCCAGGUGCCCUCCUGCCCAGGGCAGAGGAUGGAGCAGAGUGCCAUCCUGACCAGGAGGAGGCCAAAGAGGAGGAGGAGGACGGUGACGGCGUGGAGGAGCAGAGUGCUGCCAUGGGGACCCAAGCACGCCUCGGUCAUGGUGGCAGGGCCAGGGUCCCAGUUCUCCAGGGAGCAGCCUUGCAGGGUUCCCAGCUGGCAGCUACUCCCAGGCAUGAGCUGGAGGACGAGGAGGAAGAGGAGGAGUUCCUGGCAGCUGAGUCUCAGGGGCUGGUGACCUUUGAGGACAUAGCCGUGUACUUCUCCCUGGAGGAGUGGGAGAGGCUGGACGCUGCGCAGCAGGGCCUCUAUCGGGAGGUCAUGCAGGAGAACUAUGGCAUCCUGGUGUCCCUGGGAUACCCCAUCCCCAAGCCAGACCUGAUCUUCCGGCUGGAGCAAGGAGAGGAACCCUGGGUCCCUGACAGUCCCCGGCCCGAGGAGGGAGACAUCGUCACUGGCGUCUACACAGGGUCCUGGUUCUGGACUGAUGACAUGGAGGACCACGAGGAGGAGGAGGAUGAGGACUUCCUGGCGGAGGUGGCCGAGGAGGAGAAUGAGCCCCCGGGGCUGUGGUCUGCAGCCUAUGGUGUGGGAGAUGUGCCUGGGACUUGGGGGCCGGAUGACUCGGAUCCAGCGCAGACUCCGGAGAGGUGGGGGCUCGACCCUGGCGACCUCGGGAUCGUUCCUGAGGGACCUGCAGCUAAGCGCUUCCUGGCCAUGCGGGAACCUGGGGCAAACCUGCUGGCGCCAUGGGCGUUCCCUGCCGCGGUGGCUGCCCAGGCGGGUCGGCCGGAGACCACGUGUGAAGUGUGCGGCAAAGUGUUCCCGCACCGCUCGCGGCUGGCCAAGCACCAGCGCUACCACGCCGCUGUCAAGCCCUUCGGCUGCGAUGAGUGCGGCAAGGGCUUCGUGUACCGCUCCCACCUGGCCAUCCACCAGCGCACACACACGGGCGAGAAGCCAUUUCCGUGCCCGGACUGCGGCAAGCGCUUCGUCUACAAGUCGCACCUCGUCACGCACCGGCGCAUCCACACUGGUGAGCGACCCUACCGCUGCGCCUUCUGCGGUGCGGGCUUCGGGCGCCGCUCCUACCUGGUCACUCACCAGCGCACGCACACGGGUGAGCGGCCCUACCCGUGCCCGCACUGUGGGCGCAGUUUCAGCCAGAGUUCUGCCCUUGCGCGGCAUCAGGCGGUGCACACGGCCGACCGGCCGCACUGCUGCCCGGACUGUGGCCAGGCCUUCCGCCUGCGCGCCGACUUCCAGCGCCACCGGCGUGGAGGCAGCUGCACCGAGCCCGCCGCCGGCAGCGGGGAAGGCCCUCAGCGGGAGAAUUCGGAAGCACCGCCCAGGGUGGGUUCCCAGGAAGCCGAAGCCGGGCCUGAGGGAGCUGAGGAGCCCGAGGCUGGCGAGUCGGGAGAGCCAGAGGCUGAGGAGACGCCCACCCCCGCGAGCAAGGAGGACUCGGAGCAGGACAGGCGAUUCCCCAACCUGGGCAACGGACUGGGCGAGGGUCAAGGCCCUUCCUCGCACCCGCUCGGCUUCCACUUCCCGGGGCAUCCCAAGUCCUGGCUCCCCCCAGAUGGUUUCCCCAUUCUUGGCCUCCCCAAUUUUGGGGAGCGGGUCCCAGGCGACGGACGUCCCCUGGCAGGGCCGCUUUCCCUGGUGGAGGGCACGGGGCUGGCCUGCAGCACCUUCAACAGCAGAGGUGGGACUGGGAGCGUUGGCGGUGGCCUGCGUGCCUUCGGGCCAGCCGUCGGGGGGCUGCUGGCCGAGCCGGCACCUGCCACACUGGCGGAGGAGGAGAGCCCGUGGAUCUGCUCGGACUGCGGCAAGACGUUCGGGCGCCGUGCGGCGCUGGCCAAGCACCAGCGCUACCACGCGGGUGAGCGGCCGCACCGCUGUGCCGAUUGCGGCAAGAGCUUCGUGUACGGCUCCCACCUGGCGCGCCACCGGCGCACGCACACUGGCGAGCGGCCCUUUCCGUGCCCCGAGUGUGGUGCCCGCUUUGCCCGCGGCUCGCACCUGGCAGCGCAUGUGCGCGGCCACACUGGCGAGAAGCCCUUUGUGUGCGGUGUGUGUGGUGCGGGCUUCAGCCGGCGGGCGCACCUUACGGCUCACGGGCGCGCACACACUGGCGAGCGGCCCUAUGCGUGCGGGGAGUGCGGUCGCCGCUUUGGGCAGAGCGCGGCACUAACGCGGCACCAGUGGGCACACGCCGAGGAGAAGCCGCACCGCUGCCCUGACUGCGGCAAGGGCUUUGGCCACAGCUCAGACUUCAAGCGGCACCGGCGCACGCACACGGGCGAGAAGCCGUUCCGCUGCGCCGACUGCGGCCGCGGCUUCGCGCAGCGCUCCAACCUGGCCAAGCACCGGCGCGGCCACACGGGCGAGCGGCCUUUCCCGUGUCCCGAGUGCGGCAAGCGCUUCUCGCAGCGCUCGGUGCUCGUGACGCACCAGCGCACGCACACCGGCGAGCGGCCCUACGCCUGCGCCAACUGUGGCCGUCGGUUUUCACAGAGCUCACACCUGCUCACCCACAUGAAGACACACCGCGGCUUGGCUGGUGCGCCUGGCCAGACGGCAGCUCCCACGUCCAAGGCUGAGGCGCCUGCUAAGGCACCUCCAGUCACCGCUGCUAGCACUGGGUUAGGUGAACAUGGCAGUACCCUGUUAGAAUUUGCGGGUGGCACGAGCUUUGGCUCGGAGCCUCCGUCUGCGUUUGCGGGGCCCUCAAGCGCCUAUGAGGAGAGCAUCCUGUGAGGUGCCUGUGGCCCACGGAAGUGCAGGCCGCCUCAGGCACAGGCCACUGCGUCCCAGUCCCUGGCUUGUUCGGUCAUGGGAGGGUGAAGGUUCCAGUCCUGGGUGUGGUGCCUUCUCUCGGUUCCCAGCACCCUGCGUCCGCCCCGUGGCCUUGGGGAUUCCUCCUACCCCGUGCCAAAGAAUGGGAAGGUGAGGCAGCGCACGCAGGUGGAGAGGCUGGGCUGCCGGAAGGAGACUGUGACUGACAGCGUUGGCCGUGGCAGGCAACACUAUUUAUUAUAACCAUUGUUGGUGUGGCAGCCCGUGGGGAAAAUG